AACCCAAUUUUAGCUAAAAAAAAUCCGAUUUUCGCGGCUUUUUUGACGGAAAAAUCCCGUUUUUUCGCGGCAAAAUCGUAUUUCCGCUCCCGCCAACGCCGUUUUUUCCCGUUUUUCCCGUUUUUCUCCCCAGAUUUUUGUAUGAAUCCACAAACCGUGCUGCUCCUCCGGGUUAUUGCUGCUUUUUGCUUCCUGGGAAUUCUCUGCAGCCUCGGCGCUUUCCUGCUCGACGUCUUCGGGCCCAAACACCCGGCCCUGAAAAUCACGCGGCGUUACGCCUUCGCCCACAUCCUCACAGUUUUGCAGUGCGCCACGGUGAUCGGGUUCUGCUACUGGGCCUCGGAGCUGCUCCUGGCGCAGCAGCAGCAGCACAAGAAGUACCACGGCUCUCAGGUGUUCGUCACCUUCGCCGUCAGUUUUUACCUGGUGGCCGGCGCGGGCGGCGCCUCCAUCCUGGCCACGGCCGCCGAGCGGCCCAAACCACACCCACUUUUUACCCUUUUCCCCCUAAUUUAACCCAUUUUAACCAUGGGUUUUCUCCAGUUUAACCCAUUUUUCACCAUUUUUACCAUGUUUUUCUCCAAUUUUGAUGAUUUCUCAGUCCUGCAGUGCGCCACAGUGAUCGGAUUCUGC